AUGAGUACCUCUUUAACUAACUACGCUCUUCCGGACAGUAGGAUCGAGGUUGUGCGGCUUAACCAGCAAUAUAUCAGGUUCAAGAAACUUUUCGGACGUACCGGACCAUUUCCGACAACUGUCGACGUUGACGGCAUCGACCAUGUUCUCGAGGUUGCGGCCGGAACAUGUGCUUGGACUCUGGAUAUCGCACAUCUUCAAGAAGUCUACACCCGCCUCCCAUCGAUGCCAUCAUCGACUCGUCCUGAGUCUACGUCAAAGCCAAUUCAGUUGUACGCCUGCGAUAUUAGCACAGAUAAGUUUCCCCCGAGGGACGUGACGGAUGCGCUCGGUAUCAAGACGUUUCAACAGGACGUUACACAACCCUUUCCCGACGAGCUUUACGGAAAGUUUGACCUCGUUCAAGCGUUUAUGCUUGUCGGUUCUUUAACAGAGGCUGGGUGGAGGAGGGCUCUGGAGAACUACCGCAGACUUCUCAAACCCGGAGGGUUUCUCUUCAUGCUCGAAACGGAUGUGGCCCUGUAUUCAACGAGCCUCCCACCACCACCACCACCGCUUUUCCCCCUUGACAUCGACGGUGUUAUGGACGGUCUCACGUGGAUUCACAGUGCGAAUCGGUUGUUCACCGGGUUCAACAUAAACCGAGACCUGGUUCCUAAUAUAUCGUCCCGGUUGCCGGCGCUGUUAACGGAGCAGUCUCUCAACAUCAUACAAGAAGCUAAGGCUAUCUCACCGGUUGGAAAGCUCUGCAAAUUAUACCGCGCGUUGGACGGCGCAGAUUUAUCUGAUGAUUGGGAUGACUCUGUUCAGGGCACUCGGGAUGUUUUUCGUGGAUUGGCUCAGUCAAUGCUUAGAAGAAGCAUGUUGGAGGUACCAAAAGGAACACCCAUCACGACUCAGGAAGGUCUGAAUGAGCUUCUCGCUUGGAUAUUUCAGGGGUUGGAAUCGGAUGGGGCUUGUCAUGUGAUGACACAGUGGAUAAUAAGAAGGAACUGA